AUGUGCUCUGACACUGGAAAGAGUAUGAUGGAGGCCAUCGAAGCAAAGGAGGCAGAGCCCGUGCUGAUCGCUGGAAAAGAACUUUUUCCCAGAUCUUUCCUUAUGGGCAUAAACAUCAUGGGUGAGAAUCUGAGUGAGCCAGCCUUAAGUAGGACCUGGUACUGGUCUCCAAUAGAAGGUCUUAAGCCUGGGGGAGCAAUUAGGAAGACGAAUGACUUCAUAAGGCAGGAGAUUGCAAGGAUGAACAUCCAUCUUGAAACCGGUAUCAACUCUACCUUGAGGCGCAAGAAAGGUAUUGUCAUUGGGGUGGCAAGGGCUGUAUCCACUGAAAUGUAUCGCAUAGUCCCCGGAAACCUCACAACUGAAGAGAUGGACACUGCAAAACUGGUGGUGGGAGAUGAUGGGAAGAUCAUAGUGAUCAAAUUCGACGUGGACUCUGUUAAGUUGUUGCUACUCUUAGCUCAGAUUCACACAAGGAAAAGUAUAAACCCAAACUUAGAGAAUUAUGAUCGAAAGAGAGAUUCAAAUUGA